CCCCCUCACAUCCCAUCCAAAGCCGCUCGCCUCAGUGUUGUGGACUUUCGCGCGGCCCGGCGUCUUCCUGCCGGUCGCUCCUCUUCCAUAAAGUAUCAGCAUGUUCUCUGGCUCCUUUUCCGUCCUCGAUACCCUUUCGGGCAUUGCCCAGCGAAUGGAGCGCUCGAUCGACCGGGCAUUGGACAUUCAAGAAGACGCCCCAAGUGCGCGGCCAGCUCCGGCCCCCGCCCCGGCCCCAGCAGCGGCGUCCACCGCCGCAUUGCCUCCUCCACAUAUUUCAUCCUCGGGCCCAAUGCGACCGGGUCCCAGUGGGGCUGCCUCUAAGCUCCCGACUGAUGGUGGUCCUGCGGCUGCGGCUGAUGCCACGGUAUCAGCCGCACUCGACUCCGUGUCGGCUGGUGCAACACCGCCCGUCCAUGCCCAGACCCCAGGAAGCUUGAGCUCGCCGGCCUCCCCGACAGGUGGUUCAGCCUCAGAGAGUACAUUGUCAACAGCGGAUUCUGUGGCCCAGGCCAGCACACCGGUCGACCUGGACCCGCUGGACCCCGCGAAGGAGCUGGCCGAUUCAGAAGUCGACACCUCAAGCAACCCGGCAAGUCCAUCGGCUGUGGAAUCCAGCCCCGAUGAGGAUGUUGAAGAGGUGGAGCCGGUCGCCGAGCUCUUGGACCCCGGCUCGCCGACCAUCACCGCCACCCAUGUGGCCGAUCGUUCCAAUGUGAGCGACCUUGAGCCAAUGCCAGGCCCCUUGAAGGCUCCCCCUUCAAGGUCCCACCAUGCUCCGCACUCGGCCAGCGUGGCAGAGGCCGUGGACCGCGAGCGUGCCGGUCUGCAGCGCGUGCUAGACAGCCGCGAAGCGCAGAUUGUCCGGCUGACCAGCCAACACCAGCAGCUGGAUGACCAGUUGACCGAGACCCGGGCACGGGCGGCCCAGCUGGAGGAGGAGGUCCAACACCUUCGCCGCCAGACAGUCGCGGCAGCAGCGGCCUCCACGUCCGGCCCCUGCAGCAGGGAGGCCUGCGCCGACACCCGGCAAGAUUUGGCCCUCUCGCAGCAGGCGUACGAGGAGCUCCAAGCCGAGGCCAUGCAGCUGGCUGAACGGGAGGCGCAGCUUCGCCAGGCACUGGCUACGGCGGCUGGCCAGAUGAAGGAGCAUCAUGCUCGGAGCCGGACCUCAGAGGCUGAGAUCGCCCGCCUAAAUCAAUUGUUAGAAACCCGGUCGGACGAGGUGCUUGGUCGUUUGCAGGCCGACCUGCAGGCCGAAAGGGACCGCGCCAACACUCUGGCCACGGAUCACCACCAGCUGACCGGCCAAAUGCAACAAUACCAGACCGAGUGCCAGCAACUUCGCGAGGCGGUCGAUCAGGCCCAGCAGCAAGCCACCACGCAGGCGGCACGGGUACUGGCCCUCGAAGGGGAAGUCGGCGCCCAGGCUGCCCAAAUCGAGGAUCUCCUGCGCGAGCUGAACUUGGCUCGGGAAAGUGAGGCCGCAUCUCGCAAGCUGGCAUUGCAGUCACGCGCCCGGGCCGAGGCUCUGGCUGCGACGUCGGCUCGCCUGCAAGAUCAGCAGCACGCACACCAUCCCUCCUCUGGGGUCCUGAGUUUGGGGGCCUCGCCGCGGCCGAACUUGAACAGCGUCUUCCAGGGCGUCCUCUCCGGGACUGGCAGCGGGCUUCCGCUGCUGGUGACGGACAGCUUGGCCUCUGACCCGCCGCUCCUGCUCGGGGAAUCGCGCGACGGGGCCUCUGGCAUGCUCGGCGGGACGCCAUCCGUGGCAACCACGGCAGACACCCCGGUCUCGGCCGGCCAUAGGGAUCGCCUCGUCACACCAUCAACCGAACAGGAUUCUAUGAUCCACCUUCUUCAGAAUCAGGCCGCCGAGGCGCGCGAGCGUGCUGACUCCCUGUCCCUCUUGCUGACGCAAUCGCAAGCAACUUGUGCCGCGCUUGAGACACGCGUCCGUAUUCUGACGGACAGCCUGUCGCAGUUGCGCUCGGUGUCCGAGGCGGCGGAUCCCCUCCUGCCAGGGGACACGAUCGCCGCCAGCCGACGUGGCUCCGAUGCACAGGCCCCCGGCGACACCAGUGGCUCCCCCCUGCUGGACCAUCUCCUGUCUUUGGACUCUCCGCAGACCCCGAGCCCGCGAUCUCGCCCACAGCCGCUCGGAGCCGUCGGUGUGCCGGCGCCAGCGUCAUUGAACAAUGACAUGACCAGCUCUUCGCCUUCUGUGGCUGGCCAUUCGAGUGGCCUGACGGCCGUGCAUGGGCGCGAGACCUUUGAGCGUGAGAAACACGCGCUCCUGGAGCGCAUUCGCAUCUUGGAGGAAGCGCUGGUGGCACAUGCUCAGCGAUCGGCGUCCUCUCCGGCCGAUGGGCCCGGCGACACUGACCAGGAUGAUAUCAUCCAAGUGCUGAACUCAAUACGCGAUGCCAUGGAGGCCCACUAUCGAACUCUGUUUGGCGAUGGAACACAUACGACCCAAGACUCGCACCACCUGGCGUCCCGAGGAGGAGCCAAUAACACUCGGUCCCAGCAGCCCCCUCCAGCCCCGGAGCGUCAUUUGCUGGAACGCCUGCGUGUCUCACAGGCCGCUGCUCAGUCGGCCGCCAGGGCGCGCGACGCCAUGGCCGCACGUCUGUAUGAGGCCGAGCAGCAGGCCACCGCACGGGCCGAUGAGAGCAAACAGCUCCGGGCCGAGUUGGACCGCGCGCGGGCAGACUUCGCCGAGUCCCAGCGCCAGCUGUUUGCCGCACGCGAGGAGGUCCAGCACUUGAUGGAGGAGUUCCGCGAGUUCCGCGACAUCUGCCGACUCAAUUGGGAGCAGCUCGCUGGAGGCGGCGGCGGCGGCGGCGGCGACGGCGACGGCCUCGACAGUGAUGGAGAGGAAUCGCCCAUGAAAGGAUGAAUAGUCGAGUCAUGUGUAUAUUUUCUUGCACGUGAUUGGUGUCCAACCCUAAUUCGGAAAAAAGACCGCCGGCUUCUUUCCUGCGCCAAGAGCGGGGGAAGAGAUCGGCCCAUCGUCGAUGGUUUUUUUUGUCCUUGAAUUGAAUUGCGUGUCCUGGCUGCGGCCGAAGACCA